CCGCACGUCCGGUGAAUUGCUCAAGUGUGUGGGAUAUCGUGUUAAUCUUAGAAGACUACAGUGAAGCGGCAAUGUCUCGGGAAUCUACCCCACCUCUCCCUGGAGAUAUGUCUACUGGUCCUGUAGCAGAAAGCUGGUGUUAUACACAGGUUAAAGUAGUAAAAUUUUCUUACAUGUGGACCAUUAAUAACUUCAGCUUUUGUCGAGAGGAAAUGGGUGAAGUGUUAAAAAGUUCAACAUUCUCAUCUAGCCCCAGUGACAAAAUGAAAUGGUGCCUGAGGGUAAAUCCAAAGGGAUUAGAUGAUGAAAGUAAAGACUACUUGUCCUUAUAUUUGCUUUUAGUCAGCUGUCCAAAAAGUGAAGUUCGAGCAAAAUUCAAAUUUUCUCUUCUGAAUGCUAAAAGGGAAGAAACGAAAGCAAUGGAAAGCCAAAGAGCAUAUCGAUUUGUGCAAGGGAAGGACUGGGGCUUUAAAAAGUUUAUACGAAGGGAUUUUUUGCUUGAUGAAGCUAAUGGUCUUUUACCAGAUGACAAGCUUACAUUAUUUUGUGAGGUGAGUGUGGUUCAAGAUUCAAUAAAUAUAUCAGGACAUACUAAUACAAAUACUCUGAAGGUGCCUGAUUGUCGACUAGCAGAAGAUUUAGGUAAUCUCUGGGAAAACACAAGAUUUACAGAUUGCAGAUUUUUUGUGAAAGGACAAGAAUUUAAAGCCCAUAAAUCUGUACUUGCAGCUCGAUCACCAGUUUUUAAUGCAAUGUUUGAACAUGAGAUGGAAGAAAGCAAAAAGAAUCAAGUGGAAAUAAAUGACAUAGACCCUGAGGUUUUUAAAGAAAUGAUGAGAUUCAUUUAUACAGGGAAAGCACCAAACCUUGACAAAAUGGCUGACAGCUUGUUGGCAGCUGCAGACAAAUAUGCACUGGAACGGCUGAAGGUCAUGUGUGAAGAAGCUUUGUGUAGUAACCUCUCAGUAGAAAAUGUUGCUGAUACCCUUGUCCUUGCAGAUUUGCACAGUGCAGAACAAUUAAAAGCACAAGCCAUAGACUUUAUUAAUAGGUGCAGUGUACUUCGACAGCUUGGGUGUAAAGAUGGAAAAAACUGGAAUAGCAACCAAGCAACAGACAUAAUGGAAACAUCAGGGUGGAAGUCUAUGAUACAGUCUCACCCUCAUUUAGUAGCAGAAGCCUUCCGAGCACUUGCAUCUGCACAGUGUCCACAGUUUGGCAUUCCACGCAAACGGCUAAAACAGUCUUGAAAUCUUCCAUGAACUAUAGAAAAGUGGAACUGACUUUAACUCCUCCAGGUCCAGAAGGAUUCUAAUACACAAACCAUAAGCAAGAGUUGUUUCUGUUGUCUUGUUCAGAGCAGAAGCUGAAAAGGCAUAUUGCUUGCAUUUCAGGUGGAUAAUUUAUGGUUUAUUCUUCAGCUUUAAAUUAGACUGAUUAUACUCUAAUUCACUUCAAAGCCUUAAAUUAUCUUCAAUGACUUCUCUUGUUCAUAUAAUACUUCAAUUUGUGUGUGUGUGUGUGUGUGUGUGUGUGUGUGUGUGUGUGUGUGUGCGCGCGCCUUGUCAUUUUGACUAAGGCUAUACAGGAUUGCACUAGCUCCGUAAUGCAGUAAUAUUGAUAACCGAAGAUAUUAAGUUUCAAAGCGGUCUUCCAUAAGUUUGAGUAAAGCAAAGUGAGUUUUAUAGGAUUUGUCCUAUGCUAUCUCAAAGUUCAAAACUAGGUUCUCCUUAAAAGCACUUGCAUUGGAGAUCACUGGUAAAGUCUCCAGUCUAAGUUCUGUCAGUACAAGAGAGCAUCUUUACCUUCAAGGAAAAUUACAGCAAUACAAUGCUUCAAUUCUAAUUUAUUACUCAUUUCAGAGGGCAUAUAUGCAAUGAGAAGCCAAAUUUUAGUAAAAUGUCUCGUAUUUGUAUGUCCAAUUAACUAAAUGUAUAACAAACUUUUGCUUGUGUUUUGUUGUGGCUUUAUUGAAGUUUAUGAUGAUUGAGAACUGAUUGAGGUUUAAAAUUUCAUAAGAAAGCAUGUUUGUGCCGAAUUAAUUUUUUAAUUUAUAAUGAACUGCUUACAUGAAGAAUUCUAUACAUGUUAAAAGUAAGGAUGACCAAAUAUAAAUUUAAUAAGAGGGCCAAUUAAGAAAGAUAAAUAUGCACUUUUAAUGUUUUGACUUUUGUAUGCUGAAUGGUACAUAUAUUUUUUGCCUUUUAGGGAAUUAAUAAGGUAAAAAUUAAUUGUGUCUUAACUUUUGAAAGAAUUUUUUAAGAUAAAUGGAGGCAACUGGGGAGUUUGUGAUAAUAGGUAAGAAGGAUUUAAAUUGGUUUGAAUUUCAGAUUUUCAAUAUUAAACUUUGGAGAAAAUACCUGAACAUUAAAUAAAUCCUGUACAGUUUACACUCCUAAAUACAGUGAACUCAUCUAUAUGCAGAGUAAAGGAGAGAAUGUAUUUUCUCAGUCAGAAACAUGUUAGGCUGCACUCUGUAAGCCCUAUUUUUAGAUUAAGAGUUUUUGUUGCUUUGUUUUGUUUUGCCCUUACCCUUCUUUCUUUUUCAGUUUACCAUACUAACAUUGUGUAUAAUUGAAAGUCUGCAUCAUGCGAUCAGGAUAAACUAUGAACUAUUUUUUAUGGCCAGUUCUUUAUUACAAUGGAAUUUUAGCUUCAAACACAUACACAUAUUAAAUAUUUGGUGACUGUUUAGACCUUGACAUUUGUGAUUCAUUGUUCAGAAGAAACAGGAUUUAUCAGCUAUCAAGUCACUGUAGCUGAUUUUCUGUAACAGCCACAGUAUACUUCUUAGGCAAGAUUUGUGUAUUUGAUCACAAGGUGUAAAGUGUGUCUUUGGGGAGAAAAAAAAUGCAUAUAUGUAUAUAUGUGUGUAUAUAUACAUGUAUGUGUAUAUUUGCAUAUGUAAUUUUAUUCUCCAGAUUAAAUUUUGUGUUAAUUUAUUGUCUUUGAAUAUACAACAAAAGGAGAAAAAACUGAGCUCGAGAUUUUAAAAUAGAUUUUUAUUUUUACUAUCUCUUUGCUACGUAUUCACCAAAGCAAUCCUAAUAUAGCAGGAGUGAUUUGUAUUUGCAUUGAAAGGACUGGAAAUAAUUGUAAUCUAUAUAGAGUAUGAGAAGAUAUUUUCAGAUACCUUCAUUUCUUUAUGAAUAAUUUUUAAAUUGGAAGAACCUCUUAGGGAUAAGCGCAAAAUUACAUGAGUGAAAUCUCUUUCACAGAAGAGUAUUUAAGGGUGCAAAACUUCCUUAAUUUCACCCUAAGCUUUAACAUAUUUAAUUUUACAGUGUACAAUUUCAGAUAUCCACACAUAAAUACAUACACAUUUAGAUUUUAAUUUAAGAUGUUACCAGAAUCUUACCAAAAAAAAAAAAGGUGACCUAUCUCAGGUUACAGAAUUUUGUUGUCACACAUCAAAAAAAUGCUGGUGUAUCCAUUAUCAGAUGUGCACGGGUAUAUUGUAAAUUCAUUGCUGGACUCUACAUUUCUAACUAUAGUGACUUCAUUAAUUACACCAUACAAUAAAAACUUCAGCAUCCUAUUCUGUACUUUAUUGUUUAUUUCAGAUCUCUCAAAGAUUUUGUUUCUUAACUCAUUUUAUGCCAAAAAAGUCAAAUACUGUGUUAUUAGAGUAGAAACAUUUAUAGAAAUGUUCACUUUUUCAGAUAACACAAUGCCUAACAAUCAUAUUUAGUAUUUUUGGUUUUGGUAUUGGAAAUAAAUUGUGUUAACAGUAGA